AUUGUCCCUGGCAUUAUUUUAAAAAAGCUCGUUUAUUAUCACCAAAAACUAAUUUAUUUUAAAUCUGAAUAUCCAUCUGCCCUCUGUUGACACUUUAACUUCUACUUCAUGACCUUUAAAUGUUUUGCAAUGAAUAUUAACUCCUGCAGAGAGGUCAUGACUUAAAAUACAUGUGAUCCAGUUCCUCACCACAUCGGAAUGCUUAUCAUCAGGGUCACGUGACUGUGAAGUUUUUACUUUCGUUUUCUCCCUUAAUUUGACCUAAUGUGACGCAGUUCAGCUCUUCGUGUUGAAGUUAAGCUGAAUGUACAAAGUCUCUGUGACUGGAUGUGACUCCAGCUGAACUCUGUCACUGUAGUUGUUGUAGAGACAGAGUUCAGCUCACCCAGCAGGGGGCGCUCUGCUAUGGAUCAGAGUGAGGACACAGAGGAGGGAGCCCCUCCCUCUAAAAUCUCACUGUGUGAGGAACAUGAAGCUCUGAGGAUGAAGAAGCAGAGACCAGAGUCUCCUGGGCCCAGCUGUGUGUCCAUGAAGAGUGACCUGUCUAAAGAUCUUGUUAUUAACUUCAAAGAUGGACCUCCUGCUGAUGAAAGGAUGCUGAGGAAGAGACCAGAGUCUCCUGGACCCAGCUGUGUGUCCAUGAAGAGUGACCUGUCUAAAGAUCUUGUUAUUAACUUCAAAGAUGGACCUCCUGAUGAUGAAAGAGUUCAGCAGAGCUCAGAGGACCUCAGUGAUCAGCCAGACCAGCAGCAUCAAACAGAUCUGGACUCCAUAUUUCCGCUGCUGGAGGAGAACAUCAUCACCUUUGUGAAGAAGGAGCUAAAGAGAGUCCAGAGGGUUCUGAGAUCAGAUAACCCAGCAUGCUUUGAGGGUCAGAGUGAGGAUGGGGAGGUUUUAGAUGGUGAGGAUGAAGAGCAGAGGAGGAGCAGCAGAGAUGCUUUUCUGAAGAUCACUCUGCAAUUCCUGAGGAGAAUGAAGCAGGAGGAGCUGGCCGACUGUCUGCAGAGCAGAACUAAUGCUGCAGUGUGCCAACGUAGACUGAAGUCUAACCUGAAGGAGAAGUUCCAGUGUGUGUUUGAGGGGAUCGCUAAAGCAGGAAACGCGACUCUUCUGAAUCAGAUCUACACAGAUCUCUACAUCACAGAGGGAGGGACUGGAGAGGUCAAUGAUGAACAUGAGGUCAGACAGAUUGAAGCAGCAUCCAGGACACCACACAGAGCAGAAACAACCAUCAGACAAGAAGACAUCUUUAAAGGCUCACCUGGAAGAGAUAAACCAAUCAGAAGAGUGCUGACAAAGGGAGUGGCUGGCAUCGGGAAAACCGUCUUAACACAGAAGUUCACUCUGGACUGGGCUGAAGACAAAGACCACCAGGACAUCCAGUUCACAUUUCCCUUCACUUUCAGAGAGCUGAAUGUGUUGAGAGAGAGAACGUUCAGCUUGGUGGAACUUGUUCAUUACUUCUUUACUGAAACCAGAGAAGCAGGACUUUGCAGGUUUAAGGAGUUCCAGGUUCUCUUCAUCUUUGACGGUCUGGAUGAGUGUCGACUUCCUCUGGACUUCACAAACAAUCAGAUCCUGACUGAUGUCACAAAGUCCACUUCAGUGGAUCGUCUGCUGACAAACCUCAUUGGGGGGAACCUGCUCCCCUCUGCUCGACUCUGGAUAACCACUCGACCUGCAGCAGCCAUUCAGAUCCCUUCAUGGUGUGUUGACAUGGUGACAGAGGUCAGAGGGUUCACUGACCCUCAGAAGGAGGAGUACUUCAGGAAGAGGUUCAGAGACCAGGAGCAGGCCAGCAGAAUCAUCUCCCAUAUCAAGACAUCUCGAAGCCUCCACAUCAUGUGCCACAUCCCGGUCUUCUGCUGGAUCACUGCUACAGUUCUGGAGGAUGUGCUGAAGACCAGAGAGGGAGGAGAGCUGCCCAAGACCCUGACUGAGAUGUACAUCCACUUCCUGGUGGUUCAGUCCAAACUGAAGAGCAUCAAGUACGAUGGAGGAGCUGAGACAGAUCCACUCUGGAGUCCAGAGAGCAGGGAGAUGAUCGAGUCUCUGGGAAAACUGGCUUUUGAGCAGCUGCAGAAAGGAAACCUGAUCUUCUUUGAGUCCGACCUGACAGAGUGUGGCAUCGAGAUCAGAGCAGCCUCAGUGUACUCAGGAGUGUUCACACAGAUGUUUAGAGAGGAGAGAGGACUGUACCAGGACAAGGUGUUCUGCUUCAUCCAUCUGAGCGUUCAGGAGUUUCUGGCUGCUCUUCAUGUCCAUCUGACCUUCACCAACUCUGAACUCAACCUGAUGUCAGAAGAAGAACAAACAACCUCCAUGAUGUCUGGAACAAGAGAAAACAAACCUACAGAGGAACGUCUCUAUCAGAGUGCUGUGGACCAGGCCUUACAGAGCCCAAAUGGACACCUGGACUUGUUCCUCCGCUUCCUCCUCGGCCUCUCACUAGAGACCAAUCAGAAUCACUUACGAGGUCUGCUGACACAGACAGGAAGUAGCUCACAGACUAAAACAGAAACAGUCGAGUACAUCAAGAAGAAGAUCAGUGAGAAUCUGUCUGCAGAGAAAAGCAUCAACCUGUUCCACGGUCUGAAUGAACUUAAUGAUCGAUCUCUAGUGGAGGAGAUCCAACAGUACAUGAGAUCAGGACGUCUCUCCACAGAUGAACUGUCUCCUGCUCAGUGGUCAGCUCUGGUCUUCAUCUUACUGUCAUCAGAGAAAGAUCUGGACAUGUUUGACCUGAAGAAAUACUCUGCUUCAGAGGAUGGUGUUCUGAGGCUGCUGCCAGUGAUCAAAGCCUCAAAUAAAGCUCUGUUAAGUAUCUGUAACCUCUCAGAGAGAAGCUGUGAAGCUCUGUCCUCAGUCCUCAGCUCACAGUCCUCUAGUCUGAGAGACCUGGACCUGAGCAACAACUACCUGCAGGAUUCAGGAAUCAAGCUGCUGUGUGAGGGACUGAAGAAUCCUCACUGUCGACUGGAAACUCUCAGGCUGAGUAUCUGUAACCUCUCAGAGAGAAGCUGUGAAGCUCUGUCCUCAGUCCUCAGCUCACAGUCCUCUAGUCUGAGAGAGCUGGACCUGAGCAACAACGACCUGCAGGAUUCAGGAGUCAAACUGCUGUGUGAAGGACUGAGGAGUCCUUACUGCAGUCUGGAAACUCUCAGGCUGAGUUACUGUAACCUCUCAGAGAGAAGCUGUAGAGCUCUGUCCUCAGUCCUCAGCUCACAGUCCUCUAGUCUGAGAGAGCUGGACCUGAGCAACAACGACCUGCAAGAUCCAGGAGUCAAACUGCUGUCUGCUGGAUUAAAGACUCAGCACUGCAGUCUGGAAACUCUAAGCUUGUCAGGCUGUCUGAUCACAGAGGAGGGCUGUGCUUCUCUGGCCUCAGUUCUUAGCUCCUCUCAUCUGAGAGACCUGGAGCUGAGCUACAAUCAUCCAGGAGAACCUGGAGAGACGCUGCUGACUGCUCAACUGAAGGAUCCACAGUGCAAACUGCAGACACUUAGGUUGGACCAUGGUGGACCGCACAGACUCAGAGCUGGUCUGAAGAAAUACGCCUGUGAGCUGGAACUGGACACAAACACAGUGAACAGAAACCUCAAACUGUCUGACAACAACAGGAAGGUGACACGUGUGAAGGAGCCUGAGUCAUAUCUUGAUCAUCCAGACAGAUUUGACUUCUGGCGUCAGGUGCUGUGUAUGACUGGUCUGACUGGUCUAACUAGUCGCUGUUACUGGGAGGUCGAGUGGAAAGGAAGGGUUGAUAUAUCAGUGACUUACAGAGGAAUUAUCAAGAAAGGAAACAAUGAUGGAUGUUUGUUUGGACAGAAUGAUCACUCCUGGGCACUGCUUUGCUCUGAUGUUAGAGGUUACUCUGUCUGGCACAAUAACAAAAGAACAAACAUCUCCUCCUCUGUCUCUAACAGAGUAGGAGUGUAUGUGGACCAUCCUGCUGGCACUCUGUCCUUCUACAGCGUCUCCUCUGACACACUGAUCCACCUCCACACCUUCAAAACCACGUUCACUGAACCUCUGUAUCCUGGGUUUGGGCUUGGGCUUGGGCAUGGGUUUAGGCUCUGGUCUGGUCCCUCAUCAGAUCUGAGGUUUCUGUUGCUUGGAGGAGCACUGCUGACUGAAGAUCAGCUGACUCUGUCCUCUCUGUGAAGCAGAUCAGUCUUAAACUAUUGAGUUAGUCUGAUUUCAUCUAUUUGACUCUGAACUUUUAUCACAUGAACAGAGAAUGCUCAGUGAUUUGUAACAUCUUUAAGAAAUAACAUCUGUUUUUUUGUAUUUCAUUUAUAUCUUGAAUAAUAUCACAUAUUUCAUCAAAAUCUUGACUAUGUUGAGGGCACAUAUUGUAUUACUUCUGCCUUUAGGUGGUUUUUAACAUCUUCAGUAUGUUUAUGUUUAUGUUUAUUUAUUUGCACAAUUAAAAGAAAAUACAUACAAAAAAAUAGCAAAGAUAAAUAAUAGAAUGUGUAGGAAAAGGCAGAAAACUCAGAGGGCUUAUUUGAAGCCUCCACCCAAAUAGUGUUCUAAUAUAAAAAAUGAAUUAAAAAAUACUAUUCAGGUGUUCAUCAGCUGGUCUAUUUAGGGCAUCACACCUGUCCGCCACCUCUCAACCAGGGCCAGCUCAUCUUCAUCACACCACUGUCUUACUGUACAGACUGUACAGCACCUUAAAGCUUGAUUGUAGCUUUGGUUAGAUGAUAAACUGUGUUUUAUUAUUCAGUGCAAGAACUUGUAUAAUGUCAAACUUGUAUCAUAAUCUAAUCAUAUUUUUUUUCUAAUGUAAAUAAUAAAAACUAUAUUUACCUAA